GUUCUGAGCGCGGAGCGGGGAAUGCAACUGCGUCCCUAUUUUCGCCAUGUUGGCUCAACCGUCUGUUUAUAUGAAUAGUUGAUUCUGCCUCUAUUUUAGAGACCAAAUGGCAUCAGUUUCACAUCUUCUUCUAUUACUGUAAGCCCUAGGGGGGAAGGAAGGGAGGGGUGUCUCGCGUUUUGCCUGUGUGCGUCCGUGUUACGUGACGCUGCUGCGGCGGAUUCCAGAGCUCGAGCUCGGAACGGCAGCGGGAGGGAAUCAACCGCUGUUUUUCCAGGUCUUUCUUCUGUGUUACUACGUUGACAAACGGCAGGUUUUUGCCAGAGGGAUGAUUCUGAACUCAAUAUGAAACUGUGUUUUGCCAUAGCUAACAAGUGUUGCACCAGUUAGUCAUGCCUGAAGUUCAUUCUUUUAUGGCUAACUGUAACAAGUAAACCUACAUGAUUGUCCAUGUAGAUCACCUUUUCCUCUUCCUGUCGGAGUGAAAUUGCCUCCAGACCGAAUCCCCAUCAGUCCUCUAUCAAAAAUGCAGUUGUAUUUCAAAAUGCCGAACACCUAAAUUCAUGCGCCCAAUCGGUACCGAGCUGGAUGGUCCUGCAGCUGAAAGCUACUCAAGCCCUUAUCCAGGCCCCCUCCCUGCUUCUGAAAUGUCUCUCCUUCACGCUUUGGGCCCAGUGCAGACCUGGCUGGGACAGGAGUUGGAGAAGUGUGGGAUUGAUGCCGUGAUCUACACUCGAUAUGUCCUCAGUCUUCUGCUGCAUGAUAGUUAUGACUAUGAUUUGCAGGACCAGGAAAGUUACAUCUUCUUGGGCUGGGAGAAGGGAACUGGUAAGAAAUGGGGGAAGGGCAAAAAGAAGGGUACAGACUUGAGUCUUGAGGAAAUGAAGAAACAGGCUGCUGUCCAAUGUCUUCGUUCUGCCUCUGAUGAAAGCUCUGGAAUCGAAACCUUGGUUGAGGAGCUGUGCUCCAAGCUGAAGGAUCUUCAGAAUAAACAAAAAGAAGUAAAACAAGCAAACAAGAAAUCGGAGGGAUCCCAGACUCCUGAACUUGCAGACUGUCCUUCAUCUAAGGAUCAGGUGGAAAUGUAUUACGAAGCUUUUCCUCCCCUGUCAGAAAAAACUGUUUGUCUUCAGGAAAUUAUGACGGUGUGGAAUAAGGCUAAAACUUCCUCUUAUUCAAGUUCUUCAUCAUCUUCCGCUGCUCCUCAGACAAGCACUGACACCUCUUCUCCAAAGGACUGCAACAGUGAGGGUGAAACUGGAAAAGAAAAAAUAGUUGAAGCUUGCAGUACAUUGAAUGAACGUACCCAACAGAGAAGUAAAAAAGAAAAAGAGAACCGGUACUAUAACCACAUGGUGGAUGACAGAGCUGCUCAGAGUAAAAAACAAAUGAAGCACAGAUCUGAUGGAAAAUUGCGCCCGCGCUCUUGGUCAUCUGGCUCCAGUGAAGCUGGCUCUAGCUCUAGUGGGAACCAAUAUGAGAUAAAAACACCAGUGAAAUCCAUCAAAAUAAGGCAUAAGACAAGGGGCAUGGGUAGAAACAAAAAGGGUCGAAACGGUCAAGUCAAGUUGGCAUUAAAGGCUGCGGAAAAAGAACAAAGAAGAAACACAGGUGGAAGUAGUAGCAGUAGUGGGCCCACUAAACAGCUGUGCAAAAAGGGGAAGAGGACAUUAAAAGAAAUUAGAAAAGAUUCCAGCUGCAGUGAGAUUACAGAAUUUGACUUUGAGAGUAGACAUAAAAAAGAAUAUAAGGAAGAACCAUUAUGGUAUACUGAGCCAAUCACCGAAUAUUUUGUUCCUUGUAGUAGGAAGAGCAAACUUGAGACUACAUACCGAAAGAGUCUGGAUUCACAAGAUGUUCUUUCUGCACCUGCAGAUGUUGAAAAGCUGUCUGAAUCAAUGCAAGGUAUUUGUAUCGCAAACAGCAGUUUUCAGCGAACAUACCUCACUGCAGGUACUUUUGUUGAUGGUCACUUUGUGGAAAUGCCUACUGUAAUAGAUGAGACUGAUGACCUCGAUGGGACCUCAAGCUGCCCUCAACCAGAGGACAGUAGGGAUUUAGAUGAUGAGCAUCUGUCCGAAUUUACUCACUUCUAUGAAGUGGAUAUUUAUCAAUCCAUAUUGGAUAGUAGUGCCUCGGACUCAGUACAAGAAAGUCGAAUUUUAAGUAUGAUUCAACAACAGAGUAAAGAGCAAAGAGACUUUGAGGCAGAAUGUUGUGUAGUGUUAGAUGGACUUGCACUGCAAGCGGAAAGUGCAAUAAGGGCAGAUUCACACAGCUCUGUUGAUGCAGAUGGGGUUUUUUUGCAAGAUCUUGAAAAUAUAGCUCAAGUUUGGGAAUGUUAUUCAUCUUCUAGUUCUGAAGACAUUGAUGGGGAAAGCUUUACAGGGGAGUAUCCUGUUAGACUCUCCCCUAUAUUGGAUAAUACACUAUUCAAUGCAAGCAGGUUUUCUGGAAAUCAAGAAGAGUAUUUUUCAGAACCCAAUGAAGGAUUAAACUCUUCUUGUUUUUCACUCUCUGAAGUGCAAUAUGAUGGCUCCACUUUACCCUUUUCCUGUGAUUCACUAACUAUUGGUCAUGAAAACACAGAUUCUAAUAGCUGUAUGGAUCCAAUUGGGAAUAAACAGUCUCGUUUGCUAAUAUGGACUAAAAAUAGUGCCUUUGAUGAAACUGAACACUGUUCCAAUCUCUCAACACGAACUUGUAGCCCAUGGUCACAUUCAGAAGAAACACGUUCUGAUAACGAGACCAAUGUUCAGUUGGAGGAGUCACCACAUUUGAACACAGAAGACAUUAAUUGUAUAGUCCCUAGCAUCUCCUCCAGAUAUCUAGAAGAUGAGCUUUUAGACUUUCUACAUGAAGAUCUUCGUCAACAAAAGGAUGAUAUUUUAAGAGAAGUACCAGACCUGACUUUUAAAAAGAAAUCCAAGCUUGAGUCAGUAUGUGGAAUCCAGUUGGAAAAAGAUGAAAGCAAACCUUAUGACACAGCAGACAUUUUUUCAGAUGAUCCAAACCAACAAAAUGAGAACUACAGCUCGGGGAUAAUAAAGGACAUUUGGACAAGUAUGGGAGAUGGAGAUUCAAUAGCAAUACUAGAAGGAGAAAGAACAGAGGAUGGGUUGUUUCCUGUUGAGGCAAAUUAUCAUUGCUGUUGUUUAGACAUAGAAACAGCCACUGAUACACUGCAAAUGCCCCAGAAAAAGGCAGUUCAGCGGUCAGAAUAUCAUUUGUGGGAUGGUCAAAAGGAACAUUUGGAGGAACAGACAGUUAUAAGAGGCGAGCUUUCAAAGGUAGAUGGUGGUGAUUAUACAACACCAUCAAAACCGUGGGACAUGAAUCCUGAUAAAGAUCACAAUGCAUUUAUUCUUGGAGGAGUCUAUGGAGAGCUUAAAACAUUUAACAGUGAUGGAGAUUGGGCAGUUUUACCACCCAGUCAUACUCGAGGGAGCUUAUUACAAUGUGCAGCUUCUGACGUGGUGACAAUAGCUGGUACUGAUGUUUUUAUGAACACAGGUAACUGCUUUGCUCCUGGCCACAAACAUUUAUGGAGGCCAUUGGUUUCGUUUGGGCAAUGUGACCAGACAAUGAAAGGUGAGGAUGGUUUGAACAAGGGAUUUUCUUUUAUCUUCCAUGAAGAUUUAUUAGGAACCUGCAGCAAUUUUCAGAGUGAUGAGUCUGGGCUUGAUUAUUCAUUUUCAUCCUUCGACUUGAACAAUCCAUUUUCGCAAGUUCUUCAUGUGGAGUGUUCAUUUGAGCCUGAAGAUAUUGCAUCGUUCAGCCCAAGUUUCAAGCCCAAGUCAAUACUGUGUUCAGAUUCAGAAAGUGAAGCUUUUCAUCCUAGAAUAUAUGGGAUAAACCGAACACAGUACAGAGCUAUUCGUAUUUCGCCUAGGACUCACUUUAGACCGAUUUCUGCCUCUGAACUUUCUCCUGGAGGAGGAAGUGAGUCAGAGAUGGAAUCAGAAAAAGAAUUAUUGAGUCUUCCUGUUCUCCCUCAGUCAGAUGUGUUUGAAGAUCCACAAGCAGAUCUCAAACCACUGGAGGAAGAUGCUGAGCGUGAGGGCCCAUACUAUGGAAAGUCAGAACUUGAGUCUGGUAAAUUUGAACCUAGAUUAAAGAAGUCUGGUAUGGAAAAGAGUGCACAGACGUCAUUAGAUUCUCAAGAAGGCUCCAGUGCCCUCUUGCCAGUAGUAGAGCAGGAAAUGUGCAAUUGUGAUGAAGAGGCAUCAGUAGUAAGCAAACAAUUAUACGAUCAUCUGAAAGAUCAUGAAACUGAGGAAUCUAGUAAAGAAGAGACAUGUAAAUGUUCAGCAGCUUGGCAAAUCUCAACAUUUGGGAAAACCUGUGCAUUUACAGAACUACAAGAGCAGUUUCCUUCGCUAAAUGUAUCUAUGACGGGAAAUAUUGCCAGCCAGCAGGACGAAUGCUGGUGGCAAAAAUCUGUCUGUUCACCACUUUUUCCAGCAUCACAGUGUUCUGAGUGCUGCUCUAAAGUCAAGGAAACAGUUGGUGUUAAGAGUUAUGAUAUACAAGAGAAUCCUCAAAAUGGAGCUCCUGUUUUACAGCUAAAUACGACUGCAUCAGCUUGUGAUUCCAACUGUUUUGGAGAAAAAAACUCUGGAGCUAGAGCAACUGGUUUCCGGAGACAACUUUUUUCCAGUGAUAGCCCUAGUUCUGAUGAAACUGCUUCAGAAAAUGGAAGUGACUGGACCGAUCCUUCUGAAGAGCUUUUUUCUCGAACGCAUCUUUAACUCUGCUUAUUAAGACAUUAAAAUGAAACUAGUCUAUCAAUAAGAUAAAAAAAUAUGUCUUAUUGAUGACCUAUUACUGUAAACUGUAACUUUUAGUUUCAUUAUUUCAGUUAAUUUCUUCAAGCAUUUAUCUUGCUAUUCUUGAUCAUUUCAGUUAGGCAUUAGGGACAAUCCUAAAUUUAAAACCUAUGAAAAAAAAGAAUUACAGAUUUUUAUAUU